AACGCCACAUUUCAGCAUAACUAGAAACAUAUUGAGACGGAACACAGCUCUACACAGAGCUGGAAACACACAAAACAGAGAGCUGUGAGCGCAAUCCAAAGAGAGCAUCGAGGAGACAUUCGUGCAUUCAUUUCAGCAACAAUAUAUUUUGGUCGCAAGUCAGCCUUAAACGCGUUCACGCAACCCAAGGCAACGCAAUGGCAUUUAUUACACGACGCGACGACAAGGGGCAACGUGUAGAGCAGAAUCUGCUGUCUGGCAGAGCUGCAACUGGACGCGACAGUCCAAUGCCCAACUGGGGAGCUCAGAGUGAUAACGAUGAGUCCGAUGCGGGACUAACCGAUCGUACGCUUGUGGCUGAAGCCGAGACCGACACCGAUACCUCAACCUGCACACUGGUUGGGGAUCGCGGGGAUGUUGGUGAGUAUCUGGAGAGUGACGCUGAAACCCUGAAGAACUUCUGCCAGGAGUUGGAGGAGGCUGAGGCCGCUGAUGCAUUGACUGGACUCCACAUCGAUGGCAAUGAGUCGCCCCUCGAGGAGGAUUGGCUCAGCGAGAGCCCCACCCUUGUGCAUGCCGAUUCCAUUGGCGAUUGCAGCGACCUCGGUGACAGUCAGGGAAGUUCUUCACCCACUGCUUCGGUGUCUUCGCAGUCCAUGUUCAGCUGGACCCAUGCCUAUGCCGAUGUUCUUGAGCCAUCGAAGGGUGGUUGUCGCUUUUUGCCAUCACUGAACCUGGACAGCUGCAGACUGCAGACCGUCAGACUGCCGAGCACCAAGCCAGAGAGCGCCAAGCCAGAGACCGCCAAGCCAGAGAGCGCCAAGACGAUCGUCUCUGCCAGCAGCAAGAGCAGCGAGCAAAAGGAGCACGAGAGAAAGCUGCGCUAUGAGGAGUGGAUGCAGCGCAAGAAUGAAAAGAAGAAAGAGGAUCUUUUGGCCAAGAAGCGUGAGACUGAGAGACUCGAGAGACUGCACAAGGAGCGCAUGCAGAAGUCCGAGCAGAAGGUCAGAGAGUGGAACCUUAAGAAGGCGCAACUGCUCCAGGAGCAGCGAAACAAGAAGCCUUUGACCAUCCCCAAGAAGUCCAGCACCACCUCGGUGCCCACCAAUGUGAGCCGUCCCAGAGAGACCCCAGAGGAGCGCAGGCAGCGCCUCCAGGUCUUUGAGCGCAGCAUUGCCGCCAGAGAGCAGCGCCUGGCACGCGAGCAAGAGGAGCAUGAGCAGCGUGUUCUGGCGCGCCGUCAGUUGGCCGAUGGCGCCUUCUCCCGCUGGAUGGAGAACGUACACACCCGCCCCAAGCCCGUGCCCUUCAAUCAGGGCAUCGACUCGCUCCGUGGCACUGCCUCGAAGAUUUACAUUAAUCCCAAUGAGUGGGACUCGAGCAUUGACCUUCCGUCAGAUGCUCGCGACGUCUAGUCGACGUCCGACACACAACCAAAAAAAAAAUUGUUUUGUUUUAUUGAAAUUGUAACUUUAUUUUGGAAUCGAAAUUUGCAACAAGAACAACAGGCCGCAACCCCACAACAGCCGAACAGAGUAGAAGAAUCAAUAAUUUUGGAUUGAAUAUUGCAGAAGACCUAAGACCUUGUCCAGCAGGACACUGAAGUAGAUGUUCCACGUUCCAAUUGGUGACCGAUGGACGACGACUUUCCCUUUCCGUCGCUGGUUGCGCCUCACUUUCGCCACUCAAAAAUUCCAACUCUAUUUUUCGUUUGCUAAAUUCAAAAAAGUCAAAAUAAAUUGCGGCAAAUGCAACAAUUUAA